AGCAAGCACUUCAGAUUGUUUUACCAGCUCAGAGGAGAUGACGUUUUCUGCCUCUCUGGGAGACACCUUGGUACCUCACCAUUGUCCAAAGAUGGGAUCCAGUUCGAGUACACCUGCCAGCCCAGUCCCUGAUGACUAUGUGUGCUAUAAUCCUGAUAAUGCCCUGAGUAUUGUCCAAGUUGGGAAAACUGGAAGUGGGAAAAGCGCAGCAGGGAACAACAUCCUUGGGGAAAAAAGAUUUGUAUCUUCAGUUUUAUCUGAGUCAGUGACCAAGAAAUGUCACAGGAUGGUGAAACAGAUGCCCAAGGAAGACCUUGUGGUUAUUGAUACGCCUGGACUGUUUGACACCAAGGAAAGCCUGCAGACCACUUGUGAUGAGAUCAGUCACUGCAUGAUCCUUUCUUCCCCAGGGCCAUAUGCCAUCAUUCUGGUACUGUAGCUGGGGCGCUAUACUGAUGAAGAGAAGCAGUCUGUUUGCUGGGUCAAGGUGCUCUUUGGGCCCUCUGUCACAAAGCACAUGGUGGUCUUGUUUACUCAGAAAGAUGAGCUGGAAGAUAUGGAACUGGAUGAUUUUUUAAAAUCCUCAAGUGUGAACCUCAAAAUGCUCCUUAAGGACUGUGAAGGACGAUACUGUGCAUUCAAUAACAAAGCCAAGGGCAGUGAAAGAGAAGCCCAAGUGAAAGAGCUGUUGGAUAUAAUAGAGAAAAUGAGGCAGGAUAAUAAGGGGACAUAUUUUUCAGAUGCCAUAUACAAGAAAACUGAGGAAAUGCUGCAAAAAAGAACAACUGAAGGCAAUAUACGCUCAGUGUUUAGAAAAUGAUGUCUGUGAAGUGGAAGAAAAAUAUGCUGAGAUCCCAAACCCCACAGAUGAGGACAAAACCUGAAAAGAGUCUAAAAUAAGAGAGCUAAGGCAAAAGUAUGAUGAAAAUAUGAAAAAAAUAAGAGCCAUGGCAGAAGACAAACAUGUACAGAAAGGAGUGGCAUGGCUAAUUAGAACCUUCAUUUCUAAAACUUCAGAUUGGUUUUGCAGUUUUACAUCAUUGUUUUUAAAAAAGGAAAGCUACG